AUUUGGUUGCACAAAUAGCUGUCAUGGAAGGGCAACUGGUAUGGACCAAGUUCUGGGUAUGGGCCUUGUGGCCUUAGCCGGGGCAAUCUUCUCAUACUAUACAGUCUGGGUCAUAUUCAUGCCAUUCGUCGAUGAGGACCACUUUCUACAGCAUUUCUUCCUUCCCCGAUUCUAUGCCAUUGCUCUGCCUGUCGUAGCUGGGUUGAUCUUCCUCACAUUCAUUGGUGUCUUCGUGACGGCAGUCACUCUGAUGAAGAAGAAGAAAACCAAAUGACAGAGAAGCAAGCUUGGCAAAUCUAUUUGUACAAAGUGGCAUAAUUCACUUUUUUUUUAUUGAGUGCUGUUAAUUGCUCAAAAGGAGCAUUACAAAGUCCAAAACAGGAUUGGAGAUGUACAAGUAUUUAAUUUUAGAAAUCAGAGGAUUUGGGACUGUAGUUUCUCUUUUACCAGUACAGGUAAUGACUUUGUACGAAAAUUCAAAUGAGGAUGAAGUAGACUUUGAAAUUUUUUUCCUUUUACUGUAACAUGUACACACUCAGCACUGCGUACUUAGUGCCAUUUGUGAGCCUGUAACAACAACAACAAAUAAGAAGCUUGCUCAGUUGCGACACAAACCCACGAUCUCCAGCUUACUGGUGUAGAUGCCCUAACCACUCAGCCACCAACCUUGCCAUCGUAAGCUAGGGGUUUCAAAGGAAAAUCAAAUCAAACAUUGGCAUGCUUUGUAUUAGAGAUGACGUAUCUGUGUAAGUGCCCUGAGUAAAGCCAUGUCAUUGAAGGCUUGUCUUAUGUCUAAAAAUGCUUUUUUGGGGAUUUGUAGAAAAAUUUUGAAAGAGAAAUGACAGCUGCAGUGGAAAAAUUGUACAGUUAUAAAUGGCUCAAUGCAAACACUUGUUAAAUUUAGAUCCGUUUAUAUGUAUAUUCAUAGUCUAUAGCAAAAUUGUAAAAAGGAAUUAUGAGACAUCCUUGGAUGCUACAGGGCUAGAGUAGGAUCCCAUUUACCAGUGGCUACAGUGGCUCUUAUUUCGGCCUACCCAUUACGGUCAUUUUGUCAUGCCCCUAAAUAUGAAAUUUCAAGCUCUACUAAUACUGGUAUGUGAAGCCACAAUGGCAAACAGCACCUUGGACAAAUGAAAUGGCAAUCAAGGAUAUAAUCAUAGCAUUUGAGCAUCUCAUAAUUUGUUAUAUCACUUUGGCAGCUAGUGUGACUGUGAUACAGAGUACCCAAGUGAAUAUGUCAUGCGCACAAUUAGUGUGUAAAAGGCAUUAGCGCGAGAACCAGCGUGUGAACCAACACGCGCGCGUACUCCAUUUGUUUGCACUGCACUUUCUGGUUCACAGUGACAUCACAUUUCGGUACUCUAUUACAUUCAAGGAUACACAGCACAGGGGACGUAUGUUCUAUUGUGGGAGGAUUUCGGGGGGGGGGAGAAUUCAAAUGUGAAAAGGCAAUGUGCACAUGCAGCCAAAUUUUUUGUGAGCUUCUCGGCCAGGCCUUACUUCCGUACUCCAUUUUGGUGGUAAAUUAUAAUAGUUUCUAUCAUUAGUAUCCAUGGAAACUAGUACUAUUUAAGGCAACCUUAUAAUAGGAGAUCUUAAUGACAUCCUGUGGUACCACAGUGAUGUCCUAGGAUACCAUGAUACUUUGAGAUACCAAAAAAGCACUGGAGCAAAUUAAUAAAUAAUAUGUCUUCAGGCAAUUCCAUUGAAUAUCUUAUCAAAAGAAAGGUCCAACUCCACCCUUUUGGCCCAGGCCUAUGAGAGGUAAUUGAUUUCCGUUGCAACUUCUGCAAAAUAUAUGCACUUUUUUCUUUUGAACUGAAAAAAGGUUUUGUUGGAGUUGGGCUCUUCUUUCAAUUAGGUAUUCAAUUAGAAACUUACUAGAGUAGCUAAAGGCCUCUUAGGAUACCAUAACAGCAUUUUAGAAAACUGGUGACAUCAUAGGAAAUCAUGAUGGCAUCUUACAUCACCCUAGUGGCAUCUCAAGAUGUCCCAGGAUACAGGGAAGAGUACUUUGGAAUCCUAUGGUUUCAGAGCAUCUGAGCUUAAUACACAACAGGAGUUCAGACUUCAGUAAUAAAAGUCAGAGGCCUGAAUAUCUCUUGAAUGUACAGUCUUACUGAAUGGCAAAAAUUUGAAAUAUUUAUUUGUCUAACUUGAUUUUAUCGUGGUCUUAUCAGUUUGUCACAGUGUUUGUGCGUAACACAGGCGUACCAUUCUAAAAAUGUCACGAGCAUCAAAAAAUGAUGUCUUGAGUAUCAACAGAAUAAUAAAGUGUUCGUUUUGAUACUUCACUUUGAA